UUUAAAAAUGGCGAAUGAGAUCUUUUCAAAGAGGAGAAAAUCUUUUGAGAAAAUGCUGUCGGAUGAAGGGAUCAAGUCUAAUUCGAUGCUUCCAUGGGAUCGAUUCUCUAACUGGUUACACUGCGCAUGUGUUGUAACAUUUGAUUUGGAAUUGGGACAGGCGAUGGAGCUGAUGUAUCCAAGUCAUGUGAAACUUACAGAGAGAGAGAAAAUGAAUAUCUGCUACUUAUCGUUCCCCGAUUCCAACUCUGGUUGUAUGGGAGAUACAGAGUUUCAUUUCCGUAUACGUCAGUGUCAUACACGUAAACAGAACCUGGGCCUGAAGGACUACAAUCACAGCUGUCCUGUGGCCUUGCAGGGAGACAAUGGACAUUACUAUGGCUUUGUGUACUUCAGACAGACAAAAGACAAAUCAAUACGUAGAGGAUACUUUCAAAAAUCAGUGGUGCUAAUAUCCAGGCUUCCGUUCGUAAAUCUCUUCUCACAUUUAAUCAACAUUGUGGCCCCGGAGUACUUUGACAAUGGUGAGCCAUCCUUAGAAGCAGCUUGUCACGAUAUAGACCAAUGGCCGCCUCCAGUCCCUGGCCAGACCCUCAAUCUACCCAUAAUGGGAACAGUCAUACAGGUUAGAGUGCCCUGUAGAACAGAUAAAAUUGCCACAUCAGCCCCGAUAAAAACUUCACAAGUGCCUCACAUACCUGCCAACAAUCUACUACCCAGCAUACAUGAAGUAGACUUAUAUAGUACUUUUCAGCCAGUGUUGCCUCACAUACAAAUGCUUUGGGAACUUGUAAUAUCUGGUGAGUCAAUCGUAGUGAUGGCAUCAUCCCCCACAGUUUGCUGCCGUGCAGUCCAAGCUCUAGUCAGUAUGAUAUGGCCAUUGAAGUUCUGCACGGACUAUAGGCCAUACUUCACCAUUCAUGACAGUGAAUUCAAGGAAUAUACAACAAAAACACAAGCCCCUCCACCAGUCCUGCUAGGGGUUACCAAUCCAUUCUUUGCCAAAACAUUACAGCACUGGCCGCACAUUGUACGCAUAGGAGAACUAGUCGAAGACCAUUGGUCCAUGGACAGUGACACUGAAGCUAAAGGUCUCAAUAAACUGAAGAAGGCUGGGAAUCUCAAAACAUUAGACUCAAAGCCAGGUGUAUAUACUCGUUAUAAGGCUCACCUGCAAAAAGAUAAAACAAUACUCAAGAGACUAGCUAAGCCCUCUCCCACUGAGAGUCUUCUACAGGGAGUCCAGACCCAAAGGCCAGUUGAAGUACAGAAUGCAAUGCUCAAACGAUACCUGCUAGAACUUACACAGAGUUUCAUGAUACCUUUGGAGAGGUAUAUGGCCAGUUUGAUGCCCCUACAACGAUCAGUGUCCCCACAUAAAGGGCCUCCAAAGCUGAAGCAGUUUCAAAUAGAAGAGUUCCUUAAGACCCUAGAGAGUUCAGGCCCGCAACUGACAUCUGGCCUCAAGGGGGACUGGGAAGGUCUUUACAGAAAAUUCUUUAAGUCGGCUCAUUUUAUUGGCUGGUACAAUAACAGGCAGCAAGAAGUGAAUAUGAAACUGCAGGCCAUACAUGCUGAAGCUAUGUGCAAUUCUGAUCUAGUUGAGUGGAUCCGAGACAAACAGGAAGUAGAAGUUGUUGAUCUCAUUUUACGUCUACGAGAAAAACUAAACUGUGCAGCUAGUAGUCAGAUGCCAGUUUCUCCAGAGACAGUGCAUAAAUUACAAUCUCAUCACGAUAACAUAAUCAGUCAGUUACCACCAGACCUACGUUCUGUACUCAAGUCUGCGUGAUCCCCUCAUCUGUGCUCUAUACUCAAGUCUGCAUUGACCUUAGUCUUAGUACUCAAGUCUGCAUGACCACUUGACCUGUGUUCUGUACUCAAGUCUACAUGUUCACCU